AUGUCACAGCAGAAGCAGCAAUCUUGGGAGCCCCCUAUUGCUCCCAAAUGUACCCCUCCCCAGUGCCCAAACCCCUCCCUCCCUGCCUACUCUGCUCCUUUCUGUGACCUCCGUCCAGGAGUCCAGGUCAGUGAUUCCAGUUCCCAGAAGCCAGGAGAUCAGAGUCUGGGACACUCUCAGAGGGCUCGCUGCAAGAAACCCUGCUGCCUCAGUGGUGCCACAGUCUACCAUAUCAAAGAGGAGGAGUGCUAAGGAGAGAAAAACACAAGAGGAUUUGAGCAGUCCCACCAGCAGGGCAUGCUGGUGGAUCAGUCACAGUCACAGAAUCUUGGGGGAAGAAUGACUAUGUCACAGAGGCUUUGA